CCGCAGGUUGUCCAGACAGGGGAGUUCGUAUCCUUCCUAUGCACCGGGAAUCCCGCAGCUUCAAGUGCUAUCACGGGUGACGAGGGGGAGGAAGGAGAGGGGAAUGAGCCAUUAAACGCUCAGCUAGUGAAUGGAUAUACUAUUUUCCCAACACUGAGAUUAUCUCCUGUACUCGCAAAUCACCUUAAGACAAAACAAUUGCUGAAAGCGCCCACAACCAUCUAGCGAUCUGCAAUCUCUGAACUAAUAUCCACUGACAGCGACCCUGUCAUCCAAGCUGGGACUGGAUCGAGAAAAACAUUGACUUAUUUAUUUCCAAUAGUAAACCGCAUCGUGAUCGUCUCUGUACCCCCUCCUUCUGUUCAGCAAGAUGAUAAAAGUGUGGCAAAGCGGAUCGGACAUUCAGGCAUCUGCCCUAUUGCCCUUGCGUUACUGGCUGCCAUAGCUACUACGCCUAUGCCAACCGCAGAGGGGGCGGGAUUUUGACUGAGAUAACACGUUUGCGGAAGGUCUCAGAAGAUUAAGCAGGCAGGUUAGACUCAUUGAAAAAGGACCAUUCAGAAAAAUCGGAGGCUUUUGAAAAGAAGCAUUCAGCAAAAUUGGAGGCUUUGGAAAAAGAGCUAUCUAGCAUUGUCCAGUGGGCCCGCUACUAUGAAACCAAUCCAAGAAGUUGGAAUAUCGAUCCGCAAGCGCUUUUCUCAUAAUUAUAUAACAUCUGUUGGCAAUCCAUCUCCCAAGCGUUACCGGGCAAUCCGAAAAGCAAGUAAGGUUGCCCAUCAUGGAGAUUUCCAAACCGACACUUUGAUGAAACUUGGUCACCUUGGAAACACUCGUGCCUUCCAGGACCUUUAUUGUGUUCCAUAUAAAAGUGCAGGGUAUUGCAUGUCCUGACCCGCGAAUUCUGCCGGCAAAUAUCAGCAGUCCUAUCCACAUUAAUCAACCGUAAGAGCGGUCUUCUGGAUCGGCACUGUUGAGGAUGGUGAUCAAUAUACUUGUUGCUACGCCCUGGAGGUUGUUGGAUCAUCUGGAGAAUACAGAGAGCCUAGAAGCUGUCGGGUGAGGUGGGUUGUGCGUGAUGAAGGUGACAGGCUUAUAGAGUUGGGGUUUGAGGAGACAACUGGUAGUAGCCUGGGCAUUCUGGAAAAGAGCGGGUUUACCAAGAACAGGGAGAAAGCAGCGUGGUGGAAAAGCAAAGCGGGAUUACCGAGGAGGAGGGUGUCAAUGCUUUGUUCAGCGACCUUGGAGCCCAGUGUACAGCGACUUGGGAAUAUCUCUUUGGAGGAGGCGCUAUACAUCAAGUCAGAAAAGAGAUAUGACGAUGCGUGCGGGGGCUGUCAGGAGUGUGGAAGAGGGGUUCCAGGCUCCGGCAUAGCAGAAGCAGAGUUAUGUUGCUGUUCGGGCAAAGUUGAGGUCAGUGGGUUGAAUACGAUACUCAAGAUGGCUUUUAUACGACUACAACAAGCCGGAAGAUUAUUGUCUUUUUCUCCUACUCGAUUGGGUGGACUCUCACUUUCUAGUAUUUCCUUGUUUUCUGGAGAAUGGUUCCAAUACUCAACUGCCAAAGCCCACCCCAAAACCCACAAAACGCUCGGAAGGCUUCGAAUAAGACUCUGCAAAACCCCACUCUCCGGAAACCAAACCAGAUCCUUCUGGAAAGCCAUCUAGACAACCUCCACCGAGCAAUCCCACAAUCGCUGAGGCCCCACACCUCGGUCUCACAGCCCUCCUCCACAAACUCCAUGGCUCUCUCACGCAGCCAAUCUGAACCUCCACCCUCCACUCCUUUGCGCACACAACCUCCCCCCCUCUCCUCUUCUGCUCCAAUGUCUCUACCCAGGGGCUAGACUUACCGAACGUCGACCCAACAAUCUAAUUUGGCCAUGCUUUCUCCUGUGAUGAUCACCUCCACCGUAUCGGCCGGGUGGGCCAUAAUGGUCCCACUUCCGGGGCCAGAUGAAUGCUGUAUCGAUUCAGUGCUAAAGAAUUGUGGAAAUCCCAUACACGCAGACAUGUACGAGGUGUUCAGGAAGGGCAUCGGAAGUGAAAGGGUAAACAAGCGGCUAGAGUGGGGGGAUGAAGCCUCAGAAUGGCAGUUGGAAGUCGCGAGGUGGGUGUUAGUGGAUAAAGUGGUGAUGCACCUAGCAAAGGAAACUUAGGGAGGCCACAUCCAUGCACAUACCACCUGCGUUGCCUCUGAGAAUGGUAUGUUCAAUCAUAAAGCACCGCAUUACAGAUCAUUGGAGUAGAGUUUCGGGAUCAGGGAUACCCCGGAGGAUAUUAGAGUUCCUGGG